CUCACGCCUUUUCUUCAUUCAUCACGUGCAUGUCCACAGACUUGAAUCAGCCGAAUAUAGAUAAAAAACUUGUAAGGGAGGGCGUUGCAAAGCAGUGCUGUGUAUGAUGACAUAACAUAUCAGAGCACUUCAGUGCUUUUUUAACGAAUUGCUACAAAAUGAAUCACGAAGAAAUCAAGAAAAUGCUGACUUCGGGGGUCCCGAUGGCCCUGGAGCCGACAUACCUGACCGAGUUCCCGAACGUCGUCUUCUUUCCGAUCGAUCUUCCUCUUCUGGGCGAAAAAAUGCCCAAGCUUCUAGAUUACAAGGAGGCCUGUGUGAAUCAUCCCGAAUUCGGUCUAUCGAAGGAGGACGAUCUCAUCCCGGGACCGAAAUUGAAAACGCGUGUACUAGAUCUGAUGGAAUCGGCGUUGUGGGGGCAGACGACUCCGGGGCUGUGGUGUGUGUCUAUGCGGUAUCAUCAAAAAGCGAUGAAUCUGGAAAACAAGUGGGUUCGUAUGUCGAAAAUUGAGUACGGUCCGGAUUUCAUCAGUUUACCGGCGUUGAUCGACUGUGCUGUGCGUAGAGUUAAGAACGCCAAGAACCGGCAAUUCAGGUCUACUGUCCAAUACGAGGUCGCUACUGUGUUUGCGAUUACUCUGCUCGACCCGCUGGAGCAAAACGGGCACAGCUUUCGCUUGAGCGACGCUCAUACAUCCAAUCACGACGUACAGCCCGACAUCUUCGUCCAUCACGUGCAUGUCGGAAUUUUCGAUUCGCGUAUCCUCGGAGGUACUUGCACAAUGAUAGACUGUGUUGCUUUCAUAAAAUGGAUCAUCGCUUCAUCUCAUGAUAAUCCUGAUUGACGGGCUCACUGCCGACAGUUCAACUUUAUGAGGUCUUGUCAUUUUCUACAACGUACAACAUCACUUCCCCAAAGCCUUUCAGAAAUAGGCGGGUGAGGCUUGGAGCGCCGUUUCGUUCCCAGCGGCGUCGCGGUUGGUGGAUUGCGCGUUGUACGGAUGCCUGCCUUGUCUGUUCUCCGUGAGACCCGACCUACCACGCCCUGACCUACCACGCCCUGACCUACCAGGGCCUGACGUACCCAAGGUCUAGGCGAAGGGUGUGUCUUUCCAGGAAGCUGGGUCCGAUGAUGGUGCCUGGAAGGCACUCGUGUAGGCACCCCUGUAGGCACCCCUGUAGGCGAGGUCCGUUUUAAGAAGGGCUUUAAUGUAGGCACCCUUGUAGGCACCCUUGUAGGCACCCUUCUUUUUUUGCUGUAUGAUUGAUAGGGGUGCCUACAAGGGUGCCUACAAGGGUGCCUACAUAAGGACUAUCUGUAGGCAAAUUAAAAGUUGUUGUAUUCGGACGAAUUAGACCGCGAAACGCUCAAAAACAACAUAUCUCACAUCUUCUCUCCUUCACGUGAUUACUUACUCAUUUACUCACAUUGCCGCACUCUUCUCCAAUGCACAACUCUUCAGCACUCGACAACGAGGAAUCUACGCAGAGUGAUUAUUUGGCGUUAUUGUUGACUUAUGGAACGGGCGACGCGAUUAAGAAGCUGCAAUGUUAUUUGACGCAGGCAUAUCGAGUUCUCAUGGAUGGGGUGCAUGGGCUGCAGUUGGGUAGAGUUUUUUGUUACAACUUGUCAUAGAAAUUUUUCCUCCAUGAAGUAUGAAACUUCUAUGAUCCUUUCUCCCGCGACCUUUUUCUUAAUCAGAGCUAUAUGACAGAUGCAACCUUUCUGAUUUCUGUUCCACGAGUAUCCUCGUCUUAGCAUAAUGAUCAUGCGCCUCACACUUUCACACCAGGUUGGCGGUUUUUGUUGGAUGCUGAGAUUUCCGACUAUUUUGCGGUUACCGCAGUAGAGCGAAAUGUUGGAGGAGCUCCGAGGGCACCGUUCUCAGAGAAGCUAGUGCACUUGACGCGUGAUGAUGUGCCAGAUAUGGCGAGACAUCAGGCUAGACAGUGGCAGAUUAUUGGGCAUAUCAUCACGCUUGUGUCCGAAAAGGUGCGAGGCUUACCUACUAUUACCGAUGGACGAGCCGUCGGCAUCGCUACGGACGGUGUGACCAUAGGUGGCAAAAAAUACGAACAGAUUCGUGUACGAGGACGCUUCUUCGGUGGUGAGCAUCCUUGCACCAUCACUUUGCCACCAGUGAAGAUGAAAACGUUCAAGAAGAAAGAUGUACAACUCAACAUCCGGCGACACAUGAACGUCCAUCGUGAUCCAGCUGCUUACUCGAAACAAAUCAAGGCCACUGUUGCGCAGGGGACUCUGAUGGCCAAAGUGGAAGACCUUUUGAUCGGUGAGCGGUUGUUCAACGAUGUGCGAGCUAGUAUGACGAUCGAUAAAGGAUCAGAGCAACGCGCUUACUACUUACGCAUGUUGCGCCGUGGGUACAAGAUCGUCAUUCGCUUCGAUGCCCAGCACGGCGAGUCGCGG